AGGACUUCUGAACCUAGCAUUUGUGGCAUGCAGGAAAGGACAGCCGCCACUCGAACAUCACUAGAAGGCGUCUGCUCUCAGGUCCGCCGGCGAAUUGCACCACCGCAGACUGACACCGGCGAGAGGAGGCGCAGAAUGGGGAGAGGGGAAACGCCCAGCGCACAUUUCCCAAACUCUGCACGUCGGCCCAGGGAGGCCUGUGUGCCUGGGGAGGGGAGAAGGGCCCGCGGUCUCGGGGUGUCCGCAGUUCGGAGGGAGGGGAGCAGCAGCUCCACUUUCGCCCUGCGCUGAGCCCCUGGCCCCAACUCCCGGGAGUGCUCCCCGGCUCGCGACCCGCCACCCACAGAGCGCCGCGCCACGCCCCACCCAGCCGUGGGCUAGGGGCCGUGGACGGGGAGCCGGACCUCGUCCCGGCGCCGGGAGCUGGGGCACGCCCGGUCGAUUUUCGACCUCGAUGCCCAGUGCGGCGCCCCGGGAUCUCCCUUCCUUACAGCCGGUACUGUGGCCGGGGACUAGAUGCCGUUAAAGGAAAGGCCUGGGAAGAGAAGUAGGAGGAAGCAGUAUGCAGAGGUCCAGAUUCGAGUGGCUGGACGGUGCGCGGGGGCAACAAGUAGCUCGCACUGCAGCUAAGAAGCUCCAGCGCGAGCGGCAGCCUGCCUGCGGCGCAGCGACAAGCGCACACAGGCAGUCAGCGACGGCAACUGAGGACGCUAAAGAGAGACUAACUCGCUCCUCUGGGUAAGGAGAUAAAAGGGGGCUGCGGAUGUCCAAAAGGGUCGUGCUCCAGGUACUGUGGCUACUGUACCGAGUUGGUAACUCCGCCGGGAACCUGCAUUCCGCGCCGGCCCCGCCGAACCUGCACCCUGCCCUGGGAGCUUAGCGAAGCCACCUCCACAGAGUACGCACCACCUCCCAGCGUCUUUCUCCAGACUAGAAGUUUAAAAGAUGUCACUGCCACCAAUAACAGUGCGGAACACUUUGAAUGCCCUUCAGAGCCCCUGGCACCAGGCAGCAUCUGAGAUCCCCUCCUAUGCUGAUUAGCCCACAAUCCUCUCUGGCACCACGUGGGCAAAAGACCCUUUAUUUUCCCUGAGGAGGAGAAAGAUGUGUGGCUCCCAAGGCCCAACCUCCAGGGAAGUGUGAAGCAGACUGAACUGAUUAUACUCAGGAGUGGAGCAGGAUAAUUUGGGGAAACACAGAGCCCUUCACUCUGGAUUGACGCUGAACUGAAGAUCUGAUAAGAGCCCAUCAGAUGAGAAGAAACUUAAAAGAUUGCUAACACCCAACGCUGGCACCAGAAGCAGCUCAAAGUCAUGUUCGUCGGGGGCCCCAACGUCAGGAAGGACUACCACAUCGAGGAGGGUGAGGAGGUGUUUUACCAGCUAGAGGGCGACAUGGUUCUCCAAGUCCUGGAGCGAGGGAAACACCGGGCCGUGACCAUUCGGCAGGGAGAGAUAUUCCUCCUGCCCGCUGGGGUACCCCACUCUCCACAGAGGUUUGCCAACACCAUGGGACUGGUCAUCGAACGGAGGCGGCUGAAAACGGAGCUAGAUGGGCUCAGGUACUACGUGGGGGACACCACGGACGUCCUGUUUGAGAAGUGGUUCUACUGCAAGGACCUUGGCACACAGUUGGCCCCCAUCAUCCAGGAGUUCUUCAGCUCUGAGCAGCACAAAACAGGAAAGCCCAUCCCUGACCAGCUGCUCCAGGAACCGCCAUUCCCCCUGAGCACACGAUCUAUCAUGGAGCCCAUGUCCCUGGAGGCCUGGCUGGAUGGCCACCGCAGACAGCUGCAGGCAGGCACACCCCUCAGCCUGUUUGGGGACACCUAUGAGACACAGGUGAUCGUCCAUGGACAAGGCAGCAACGAAGGCCCGCGACAGGACGUGGAUGUGUGGCUGUGGCAGUUGGAGGGCUCCUCUGUGGUGACGAUGGGGGAACAGCACCUGAGCCUGGCCCCGGAUGACAGCCUUCUGGUGCCAGCCGGGAACGCGUACACCUGGGAGCGAGGGCAGGGCUCUGUGGCCUUGGCUGUGACCCAGGACCCCGCCCGCAAGAAGCCCCUGGGCUGAUCCUCUGGGUGCGGCCCCGAAGCAGUGCCUCCCUCCCCCACAUAACUCCCCUGCCCGCUGUGCUUCUGGAUAUACCGCUGCUGAGCCACUCUGUGUCCCCGGAGCUGGGCCCUGGACAUCGCCACCCACCCUCCUCCUGUCCUCUCGGCCGAGAUGCCAGGCUCUUGGGGGGAUGGUGGUGCCCCUUCUCCUCUAACAGCCCUCUGCCCACUGCCCUGCACGGUCUGCUCCUUGAUGGAGGCCGGACUACCUCUCCAUCCCUCUGUCCCCACAGGCCCAGGGCAGCACUUGCCUGCUACCCAGAGGGCCCUCAAUAAAGGCUUCCUCGUGGACAAA